UUUGGCGACCAAUUCUAGUGUCAGAGAGCGCUUUCAUUCUGACGGAGAGGGCGGGGAAGGCUACCAAGAAAAACAAGGGUAUUCGAUCACUCCUCCCAUGAAAGCAGCGGGUGGGGAAAUAUAUGUAGUCACUUGUAUUGUAGGGCGGAGAGACAAAGCGUAGAGCGGGGCAGCAAGGGUGGCGCCGCAUAAUUGGAUUAUGCUCUAUUGAUUCAUUUUGGACGGCCGAAAGGACCGCAUGACCACGACCCACCUACCCCCGCACCCACCACCGCCGCAGCCACCGCUCGCCGUGCUGCCUCCGACGAGGCGCCGCGCGGAUCGCACCCCAACCUCCCCCAUGCCGUACCUCAUCAGAUCCAUGGGGAUCCCGCUGGGGGAGGGGAGGGGAUACCGAGUGCCGCUCCCAUUCGUCUUCCAGUCCUUCCCAGAUCUGCUCCAACGGAUCGAUUCGGUCUCGCCGGAGGUCCUAGCGGCGACGAGGGAGAUGCACUGGAGGGAAAGGGCGAGGAGGAUCAUGGACGACGCGCUCUCGUGGUCCCAAUGCACUCGGGAAUGGAGGGAGGCGGAGGAGGAGCUGGAUCCAGAUGCAGAUGCCGGAGCCCAGGAACCAGACGCCACCGUCGACGACGACUCCUACUACACCGGAGGUGCCUACUACUACGUGCAGGCCGCUGACGACGACCAGGAGUAGUUAGGAGG